AUGAUCGUCUUUGAUAAUGUGGGUAUCUUUGUGCAGGCGCAUGGUGUGAUUGUGCUGGGCCUUGCGCUUUAUGCCCAGGGCCACGGCACCUCGGAGAUAAACAUCAAGCAGGAGUUUGUACAUCACGGACAUCACGGCGAGCUCGGUCAUAUCGGAGCUCAGUCACCGGAGCAUCAUGAGGAAUACGCUUGGGCGUAUCCGUCAUAUGAAUUCUCUUACAAGGUGAAUGACCCCCACACCCAUGACCACAAAGGUCAUCAUGAGCAUAGACAUGGGGAUGAAGUGAGGGGCGAGUACUGGCUCCUGCAGCCAGAUGGUAAGACACGUACUGUCAAGUACCACUCCGACAAGCAUAAAGGAUUUCACGCUGACGUCCACUACUCAGAACAUCACGAACAUCGAGAGGAGCCUCGUAUUGAGAUUCACGCAGAAGAACCGCAUGUAGAGGAGCCUCGUAUAGAAAUUAUUAAACCAGUAUUCGAAAUCGUGGACGAAGAGCCCGAAAGGAAAAUAGAGGAAGCUGAACAAGCUGUAGUGGAAAAAGUGCCAGAAGCUGUUGUGGAAGAGCAUGAAGAAGAACGUCCUGAGCCUACGCACCAUAAACCACAAACGCCAAUACAUAUAGAGUACUACGUUGAUAAAAAACUGCGAAAACAUCACGAAGAAUAUGAGAAAGAUAAUGAGGCAGUGCCUGUUGAACCGGAGGAACACCACAAAGAAAAGCAUCGCAUAGAAGAAACCGCCGGUGAUUCUGGCCAAGAAGCUCCCACCCAAGAGGAGGAGGAGCCCCGUAAACCAGUUCACAUCGAAAACUACUCAAAUAUUCAUUAUCCUAUUCAUAAUGAACAUCAUGGCCACGAAAUACCAAUCAAGAACGAAGAACGUGAGGAAGAACACAAUCGUCGUUCAGAUCAUCGAGGUCGCGAAGAACAACGUGGUCGAGAAGAACAAAGCGACCGAGAAGUACAUGGUCGAGAAGACCAACGCAGUCGAGAAAAACAAUACGGUCUUAAAAAAUAUUUUGGGGACAAAAUAAAACACCGAGGUCAUAAGGAAGUUAAAAGCUGGGACGACCAAUACAGUCAUGAAGACCUUGAACGUAAGGACCUUCUGCCCAUGUUGAUGCGUCCAUUUAGGGUACCUCAUCACGAUUUUAAAGAUAAUCAUAAAUAUUCAGAAAAAAACAUACCUAUACGAAUUGAGGAGAGGUCCGACAAAAGAUAUGAUGAGCCUCACGGUCAGCUUCAACGUAUGCACAAACCUAUCAUCGUCCCUGAGUAUGCGCAUCAUCCUCGGUACCACCGUGACGACAGUAAGAAACUUAAACGCAAUAGGAUCGCAAAGAAUGCGACUUAG